AUGACUUCUGUGAACGCUGGUCACAUCUUCGAGGCCGCUCACCGCGAUGCUUUGCGCUUCCCCCACACCGGUCAGGUCAAUCUGAAGGAUAUUUCAGAAGGCCCUGGGUACCGCCCUCCCCCAGGCUCGCUCGCCGCAGCCGCACAGGCUGCCGUCGCGCGGCACGAGACACAACACGCCGGCGAGCACACCCUCACCAUCGACCAGGAGAAACUCCGUCAAGCCGCUCUCGCCGACGCGCAACGCAUCAAGGAGGCGCGCGGUGACGCUUCUGGUCCUGCCAGCGUAGACCUCAACUCCAUUGGCGAUGCUGAGGCUCGCAAGCUCAUGUCCGACGAGCACAAGGCACUCGGAUACCGUCCGCCGCCCGGCUCCCUCGCCUCUGAGGCCCAGUCUGCGGCUGCCAGGCAUCCCGACGCGUCCAGUGGUAUCGACACUGCUACGCUUGCGCGUGCUGCGUUCGAGGAUGCUUCGCGCAUCGUUCCCAAGAACCCAGCGGACCUCAAUGUUGAGGGUGUCGGUGAAGCUCGCGCUCUAAUGUCCGAGGAGCACCGCGCCCUGGGCUACCGCCCGCCCCACGGCUCGCUCGCUGCAACGGCGCAAUCAGCAGCUGCGAAGCAUCCGGAGUCCUCCUCCGGUGCCGAUCCCGCGACGCUCGCCCAAGCCGCCGUCCAAGACGCGAAGAAGAUCGAAGCUGAGCGCAAUGGCUCCCCCACCAACGGCACUCCCGAACUCAACCUCGACACCAUCUCCGCCCCCGAAGCCCGCGCGCUCCAGUCCGAAGAGCACAAGGAGCUCGGCUACCGUCCCCCGGCUGGCUCCGCCGCCGCUCAGGCGCAGAGCGCCGUCGACUCGCGCGCAGACGUGCCCGUGACGAAGGAGAUGGCCGCGCAGAUUCAGUCGGAGGAGCACAAGGUGCGCGGGUACUUGCCCGAGAGCGGAACGAUCGCGAGCAUCACGCAGAGCAUGGCGGACAAGAACGUGCAGGAUGGCGGCGAGAGGAAGCUGGGUGAUGUUGGCUUGUAG